AGGUAAUUAAAAACAUGUCUGGGGUGCAAUUGUCAAGUUCGAGAACUCAGGGGUAGAAUGCCAAUUAUCCCAUCUUUCAAUUCAUAGAAAACCUCUGCAAAACCCCUCUAUUGAAGAUCAAGAGCAGUCAGUGGGCAAAGAUGAGCGUGUACAUGAGCCGGCUAUUCCCGAGAUCCAAUUCAAGUUUUUUUCUACGCAGCGGACUCGCCUUGGAAGCCAAAGUUGUACGUUUGAGAGAAGAAAUGUACCUCAUAGACGCAGGGGUGGGCAGGCCCAGAAUCGCCACGCAAGAAGAGCUGAUCAAGCCCCCAGAAAUCGCGGGCCCUGCCCGUCUCACGAACCGCGUCGGGUUCCUCAACCCAUCGAAUCGAGAAUCGCCGGUGAAAAAUCUCGUCUUGCAGCGAUGCUUCGUUGAUUUGGUAACCGGCGAUUCUCGGAUCAAGCAGCAGGCCGCUGCCCGGUUCGAUGACAUGGUGGGGCAGACUGAAGUUGGUGGUGGAGGUGAGCAGCCGCUCCUCCUCCCGCGGAGGUUUAGGAAACACCGGGCGUGGAUGGAGCUGAAGAAUAAGUGGAGGGCCAACGCGAAGGUGAAAGGUUUCGUAGCGGAGAAAGUGAGGGGAGGGUAUUCGAUCGCGAUUGCAGGUUACCUUGCGUUUCUUCCAUCUCGGCACGCUUACAAUCGAAAGAUUACAAGUGACCGAUUUAUGAUCGAGAGCGUGACCCCUAAGAAUAUUGUGGUUGCCAGAGCCGGAUGAUUGUUUGUUAAUCGUACUGAUUGGUGGUUUUCGGUAGAGUUUUAGUUAAUCCUUGCUCUUAGAGUUGUUAUUGUUUGGGCUCAAAAUGGGUGUUCUCUUUUUCUUCUAUUUGAGCUUAUGUUAUCUACAAAAUUGACUUUAUUACUAGCUCUUGCCGGAACUGGAUAAUUCAUUGACAUGCGUUAUUUGAUUGAGUUGAUCGAAAAUAGAAAUGUGUUUGUACGCACACAA